UAUGCAAUCUCUCUUUGUUAAAUGUUAGAAAUGUCAAUAAAGACCUGCUACAAUCAAAUGUAAUUAAUGUAGAUAUGGGUAAACUUUUCGAUUAUGUUACUCAUGUGAUUCCCAAAUUCACAAUCGAUCUGGUCCAAUAGAUUAGUAACAUAAAACAGAAAUUAUACCUUAUUAGGGUAUAAUACCUUAAUUCACAAUUUAGAAAUGUACUAGAAAAACUAAAGUAUUGUUCCUGUUCCUCAAAAAAUCGAUUAGAAGAAUUCUUUCAAAAAAAAUGAAAUGAAACCCACAGGUUAGGUGCCAACCAAAGAUUAUUUGAGCAAUGAUUCCAAAAAAUAAGAUUACUCUAAGACAUUAGAUGUCAAUAGAGUAAAUAAUAAACAUGACUAUUUGGAGAAAAAGAUCGAUAGUAAUGAUAAAAGAGUUGAUUAGUAAUAUUUAUCAGGUGAUAAAAGGCCCUAUUAAUCUAACUAGAAAUUCAAUCUAGAUUAAGACAGAGGUUCUUAAUCAAUAAUUAAUUAAUUAAAGGAAGAGUAAUAAUAAGCAGAAAGAUUGAGAGUUGAAUUAUCUUAAUCAAGAGAUAAAGAGAAGGAAUUCUAAAGAAAAUUGUAUAAUAUUAAUAGUAAUUUUUAGAUAAAAGGUUGAGAAGGAUUAUGAAUAAAAAUCAUAAGAAGAUAGAGAAAAAAUUUAAUAAUUAACAGAAGAAAAUAGAAAUUUGAACAAUAAACUUAGUUAAGCAAAUAAGCAUUUAUAAGAUGAAGUUAAUAAAGUUAAAAAAUAAUAAUAAGAUUAAAUAAAAAAGUUAGAAUAAGCAUUAAAAGAGAAAACAGAGGAAUUAGAAAAUAUUGCUUAAGAAUAUAAUUUAGUAUUUAAUCCUUUCAGCUCAUUAGGAAGAAAUUUAAUCCAUGAUAGAAUAACUCUAAUAGGAAUCAUCUAUGAAAGAUCAAAUUAUAGAAUAAUUGCAACAAUAAUUAUAAGAUAAUUAAGAAACUGUUGGUGAAUUAUAAGAAAAAUUAGCAAGCAGUACAAAACAGAAACAAUAAUCAUCAAAUAAGAAAUCAGCAAAGAGUUAAGAUAAUGAAAAAGAUGAAGUUAUAUAAGAAUUAGGAUAAUAAUUAGAAGCUAAAGAUGAAGAAAUUCAUAAAUUGGAAGGUAAGUAUUUGAUUUAAAGAUAUAGAUUUAAUUGAAAAUUUCAAAUAACUUUAUCAACAUAUGAGUGAUGAAAAACAAUAAUUAUAAGAAGAAGUUGAAAAAUUAGCAAAUGAAAAUAACUAAUUUAGAGAAAUAUUUAGUGUAUACUAUUAUUAUUAUUAUAAAUAGCAAAAUCUACAUCUUUUUGGUAUUGAUCCUGAACAAUUAAAUGAAGAAGGAGAGGAAGGAGAAAAUGAAUAUCCUGAAGAAAUUGCUGAAGAGAAUGACGAGCAAAAUGAUUGA